CGGACCGCGCAGUGUUUGGUUCGUAACGUUACUUCUUGAGUUGUGUUCGACUGAAGGACUUCGAAAUGGUAACAAUCAAUCACGAAAGGUACGACAGAUCUCCUUUCAUGGAGUCAAAAAAUUCAAGUCCCACUCGGAGAGCUUAUGAGAAAAAUGUAAUUAAAAAUAAUUCUGAUUUCAAAGAUAUUUCUGAGAUUAGUCGGCAUUCCUACAAAGACAGACAUGAUCAUACUGAAAGUUAUUCUCAACCAAAGUCUCCAUCAUUAUCAAUAAGUCAUAAAAAUGAAGGUCGUAAUCGUAAAAGCAAUGAAUUUGGUCAUCAUCAAACGCCAGAAUUUUGGGAACGGCGUCGUAAAAUGCGUGAGCGCGCUGGUGCUUCUGCGAACACACAAAUAUGGGAGUCGAAUCCACCUAAAGAAGAUUCAGAUUCAGAUGAAGACCGGAACUCUAUUUCUGGACAAGCUUUCGGACCUAGUCUCCCAACAGAUUUAAAGACAUCAGACAAUCGUGUAGAUUCUUAUUCACAUAAAAAGAUGAAGCAUAAGAACCACAGUCACCAUCAUCGGUCACAUAAAAUAUCUAAAAAGAAUAAAAAGGAAACGAAAAAGAGCAAUAAACUUGAAAAGCAAAAGCGGAAAAAUAAACAUGUUAGUCGCAAAUCCUCUUCUUCGUCUAGCUCUUCUUCAUCACCUUCCUCAGAAUCUGCGUCUGAAGCAGAUAGUGAAGAUGAAAAGAAACAAUUUAUUAAACAAAUGAAGGAUAAAAAACGUGAAUUAGAACGUAAACGUGCACAAGAAGAAGAGGAGGAAGUGGCUGUCGGUCCAAUAUUACCUACUGCUGAACAUUCCAGCCUGAUUCCAUUAGAUUAUGGCCGAGCAUUGCUACCAGGAGAAGGUGCAGCAAUGGCAGCUUAUAUUGCUGAAGGCAAACGUAUACCACGGCGUGGUGAAAUCGGUCUAACUUCAGAAGAGAUUGAGUCAUUUGAGAAAGAGGGUUAUGUCAUGUCAGGUAGUCGUCAUCGUCGAAUGGAAGCUGUUCGUUUACGUAAAGAAAACCAGAUAUAUUCAGCUGAUGAGAAACGAGCUUUAGAACAUUUUAACCAUGCUGAGCGUGCUAAACGUGAAGCAAAAUUACAAGCUCAGUUUAAGGCGUUAAUCAAACGAAAGUUGGAAGAUAAACAGGCUGCUCCUCCACCAAGUUAAGCAGAAAAUAAAUUAUUGAGUAAUAAUAACUGCCAACACAAGUCACUCCCAAAAACUUUUCUUCCAUUGAUUUCUUGUAUAUAAUUUGAAUUUAUAUAUAUUAUGAAAAAUUCCUUUGGUCACAUAAAGAAUUCAUUUAAGUUGAACAAAUACGGUUGUAAUUUCAUAUAAAUGCUAUUUUUCAUAUUGGUCACAUUUUUAGCAGGCGGUUUGACAAUUAAAUUGUACAUAAAUUGAACUAAUCGUUUUUGUUUUAUUGUAUGCACAGUAGGAAUGUACUGUAUAUUUCUAACCUUAAGUAGUUUUCAGUUACUUACUUUUCCUAUAGAAGUCUCUUG